UGUCUCUGGAGGUCGUCUACUUAACUAUAUAAGCCGGGGUUAACCGCCGUUGAUGUAUUCCAGUUCCAACAUCCGAAACACACACACACUAACAUGAACACCAUGAUUGUGUCAGUCCUCUCCGCUUUGGCCCUCCUCUCAGGCACAUCUGCCUCCGGUUGGGGAGCCCCAGCUCUUGGUCUAGGUCUUGGCCACGGAGGACUUGGACUUGGAGGAGUCGGUCUUGGUCACGGAGGACUUGGACUUGGAGGAGUCGGUCUUGGUCACGGAGGACUUGGACUUGGAGGAGUCGGUCUUGGUCUCGGCCACGGCGCCAUUGGAGUCGCCGGUCCCGCCGCUCUCGCCGUCCCCGCAGCCAUCGCAGUCAAAGCCGUCAUCCCCUCAGGCGUCGUCACCGGAGCCGGAGCUAGCGGACCAUCUGGCACCGUCACUGGAGCAGGAGCCGUAGGCCCCUCUGGAAUCGUCACUGGCGCAGGACCCAUCGGACCCACCGGACCAGCUGGAAAGGGCGUAGUACUAGCCGCGCCAGCGAUCGCCGCCGCUCCCGUUUGGGCUGGACCCGCUCUUGCCGGACCUGGUCUGCUAGCCGGCGCUAAAAUCGCCGCUGCCAACGCCGCCGCUAACGCCGCUGGAGCCGCUUAUGCCGCUGAGACCAGCAGGGCGGUAGCCGCUGCUCAGAUAGCCGAGGGACAACGUCAAGCUGCCGCUGCUGCGGCCAAUAACAUCGCCGCUGCUAAUAUCGCAGCUGCCGCUACCGCUAAGUGGGCUGCUGGUCCCGUAUUGGCAGCUGGUCCUCUUGGACUUGGUGGUUUGGGAGUUGGUAAGCUUGGUAUUGCUGGUGGACACGGAGGAUAUGGAAAAUGGUAAACUGAACCAGAUGUAUCUACCCCGAUAUGCCGUUGUGAUCACCCCCGCCAUUGAGACUAUACUUGUAUAUUUAUGUAUAUUUAUAUUUAGUUUUAGCUGCAAAUAAAUUAUUGAAUGAAAUCAUA